AUGGCACCCUGGCUGCUGCUGCUGUCGCUGCUGGGGCUGCUCCUGGGCGCCGCUCCCGCCCCGCCCCGCCGAGCAGCCGACGCUCAGGCCCGGGAGGUGGCGUACCCGGAGCUGCUGGGGCCCGCCCGCUUCGCCCUGGAGAUGCACAACCGCGGCCGGGCAGCCGGGACGCGGGCGACGCUGGGGGCCGUGCGCGGUCGCGCCCGCCGGGCGGGCAAGGGGUCGCUGUAUUCCCUGAAGGCGACCCUAGAGGAGCCUCCCUGCAAUGACCCCACGGUGUGCCAGCUCCCUGUGUCCAAGAAAACGCUGCUCUGCAGCUUCCAAGUCCUGGAUGAGCUAGGAAAACACAUGCUGUUGAGACGAGACUGUGGCCCAGUGGAUACCAAGGUUACAGGUGCUGGGAGAGCCCAAGGAGGCGCAUAGUUCAGACCAGACUUCAUGCAGGGUUCAACCUUGAUUUCUUCUCUGUUCCAACCCUAUUCAGAUGACAAAAAUGAGACUUUGAGUUCAGUCCUUCCACUGUUGAACAAGGAACCCCUGCCCCAGGAUUUUUCUGUGAAAAUGGCUUCAAUCUUCAAGGAGUUCGUUACCACCUAUAAUCGGACAUAUGAGACGAAGGAGGAAACCCAGUGGCGCCUGUCUGUCUUUUCCAACAACAUGAUGCGAGCACAGAAGAUCCAGGCACUGGACCGUGGCACAGCUCAGUAUGGGAUCACCAAGUUCAGUGACCUUACAGAGGAGGAGUUCCGUACCAUCUACCUGAAUCCCCUCCUAAGAGAGAACCGCGGCAAGAAGAUGCACCUAGACAAGUCCGUUAGCAGCUCUGCCCCACCCGAGUGGGACUGGAGGAGAAAGGGGGCUGUCACCAAAGUCAAGGACCAGGGCAUGUGUGGCUCCUGCUGGGCUUUCUCAGUCACCGGCAACGUGGAGGGUCAGUGGUUCCUGAAACGGGGGGCCCUCCUCUCCCUCUCUGAGCAGGAGCUCUUGGACUGUGACAAGGUGGACAAGGCCUGCCUGGGUGGCUUGCCCUCCAAUGCCUACUCAGCCAUAAAGACUCUGGGAGGGCUGGAGACAGAGGAUGACUACGGCUACUGCGGCCACGUGCAGACCUGCAGUUUCUCCGCAAAGAAGGCCAGGGUCUACAUCAACGACUCGGUGGAGCUGAGCCGGAAUGAGGAGAAGCUGGUGGCCUGGCUGGCCAAGAAGGGCCCCAUCUCUGUCGCCAUCAAUGCCUUUGGCAUGCAGUUCUACCGCCACGGGAUCUCCCACCCACUGCGGCCCCUCUGCAGCCCUUGGCUCAUCGACCAUGCUGUGCUGCUCGUGGGCUACGGCAACCGCUCUGGCAUUCCCUUCUGGGCCAUCAAGAACAGCUGGGGCACCGACUGGGGCGAGGAGGGUUACUACUACUUGCAUCGUGGGUCCGGGGCCUGUGGUGUGAACACCAUGGCCAGCUCGGCAGUGGUGAACUGAGGAGCACCAGCGCAGGACCUGGUGCUGACCAGAGCAGCCCCUUCCUCAGCCUGACCUGCGUGUCCAGGCCCCUUCCCAGGAGGCAAGCUGGCUGAGGGACAGGCACCGGGUACCUCAGGGUGAGCAAAAGGCCCUGGGCUAGGGCAAUACCCCUACCCCUCUCCACCCACCCCUAUCCUGAAGUUCCCCAACGGCACCUUUGUUGACUUGUGGUAGCUAGAAGGACCUUGGGGUAAAGGAUGAUGUCCUGGCAGCUGAAGCUGGCUGGGGCAAGAACCUCGGGCUUGGGUAAGGAGCAGGUGGGAAGAAGAUAUUCUGGUCAUAAACCCAGCUUUGUCCUUAGCAAGCUCUGGCUUCUUGCCCUGCCUUUUCCUCUGUCUGAUGCUAUAACUUUUCUGGUUCCCCCUGGAUUUGGGGACUGUUUGCUUCCACAUCUAGAGAAAUUAUUGUAACUUCCUUUUUCUAACAGCAAUAAAGAGGUGUCCUAGGCCCGAGU